AUGGCCCCAGCCGGUAUUUACUCUCGUCUGAAGGCGUUCUAUACCAAGGAGCAGGAGCCUAAACUACCGCCUCUAAGCACAGCUACCGCAGUAGCCUUACUAAUCGCAUACACUAUCAUCUAUGUCGCCCCCUUCUACAUAUCCUCCACUACGCGCCCCUCACUAAACCUGUCCCGCGACGCGCCAUCUGUUAUUCGUGGCCGGAUACGUUCCGUCACGACUUCCUGUAUGAUCUGCUCCAUGUUCACAUUCGUCCUGCUCUCGUCCGUAGAAAGUGGCAGUCUAUUCAAGAGCAUACAUCAAAUGGGAUGGUUCCCGGUUGGCAUACUAGAAGCUUUGAAGAGUGUAGGGCUUACGGCAAUUCUGUUUAUGGGACCCCUCUUUGAAGGUGGUAUCGCUGAGGGUGGAUGGCGCGAUUGGGUCAAGCUGAGAGGGCUUAAUACUGUCAUCAGUGGGUGGAUAGGAUGGCGCAAUUAUGUUGCGGGCCCAAUUACUGAAGAGGUCCUCUUUCGUUCUGCAUCAGUACCCCUCCUUCUGCUCGCUCAGACAUCCAAUGCGACUAUAAUCUUCCUGACCCCUGUGAUCUUUGGUCUAGCGCAUAUCCAUCACUUCUACGAGUUUAGGAUUACACACCCUGAUACACCUAUCAUUGCAGCAAUCGCACGUUCGGUGUUACAACUGUCCUAUACUACGUUGUUUGGAGGAUAUGUUACGUUCUUAUAUAUGAGGACGGGAAGUCUGCUAGGUGUUAUUCUUGUCCACGCAUUCUGUAAUUGGAUAGGUUUGCCUCGUGUUUGGGGAAGGGUUAUGGCAGGUGAGUCGGCUAUAAUCGAGAGAUAUAAGGAAGGAAAGCGGAGUGAGGACGGGCCUAAUAAGGACGAUGAUAGAGAGUUGAGUGUGAUUUGGACGAUUGCGUAUUACACUCUACUUGUCGUUGGCGCUGUCACUUGGUGGAAAUAUUUGUGGCUUUUGACGGAGAGCGAACUUGCUUUAGUAGUUUUUAAAUAG